ACCCACGAAGAGUUAGCAAAGGAGUAAAUUUUUUUUAAAAAAAAAAAGGCGAAAAAAAGGAGAAAAAGUCGGAGGGUUCUCCCUCCGCAGUGUCAAAAAAAAAAUUGGAAAAAAAAAAUGGAUGUCUAUCGUGAUAGACAUAAAAGAAUGAAAAUCCAACACGAGGAAAAGGCCAACACUUCCAUGUCUAAGGUUUCAGCUUUUAAAUCUACUUUCGGGAGCAAAGAAGUAAAUACUGGAUCAGUUAUAGAUUACUCAAAUCCUUUUGCCUUGCCCAAUGUAUUGGAAAGUUUAGAUGAUGGGAAAUAUGGGAGUGUAACCAAAGAGUUCGAAGCUCUUCGUGCUCAGAGAAUUCAGGUGAUCAAUUUCCUAUCUGGAUUACAACAAUCUUGUGGGAAUUCCUCCCACAAUGGUUUAAAUGGUUCAAAAUUGGCCAAUAUCAUUGAUCUUGACGAUGACCACGAUGCCAAUUCUGGUCCUAAGUUGCAUGAGAACUUAUCAGACUCUAGAGACGGCCCUAAGGAUUUUUGUGUUAAAAGGACAGAAGAAAAUGAUAUUGAAUCGCCCAUAAUUAUUGAUUCAGAUGAAGAAGAUGGGAGCCGUCAAGAAGGAAGCAAAAAUCCUGUGCAUCCUGAAAAUCGGACCUUGGACUUUCGAUCGUGGCUGGAAAGAAGUAUAUAUGAGCGUGUAAAACAAGUCAAGAUGAUGGGACAAGCUGCUAAUGAUUACAAGUUCGAUCAGACAAAUUUGAACUUAGUAGGGCAAACUGCUUCGGAAGCAAGCUGUGAACCAUCCAUUCAAUAUCAAAUGGUUGUUCUACAGAAAAUGCCCGAAAACGAUCGACUUCAGGAUGUUGCGAGCGAAACUCAUAUGGAGAAGAGUGAAAAACAAGUUGGUGAAGCUCUUAAUUAUGAAAAGAAUGAACCGAGAAGUUCUGAUGCAAAUUCGAAUGAUAUAUCAUUGCCGGGUAUGGAGGAGCACUCACCUACCACAAAUGGCAGCCAAGUUGAUGAAAAUGAAGCAUUGGAAAGUGAUGGUUUAGAAGAUCUCUGGAAAGACAUGUCAGUGGCUAUGGAAUGUUCGAAGAUUGCUGCAUCAGAUGAGCCAUGUUUUGUAGAACAACAAGAAGAGUGCAAUCAUUCUUAUGUGCUUGAGGAUGAUCUGGGCCUUGUUUGCCGUAUUUGUGGAGUUAUUGAGAAAAGCAUAGAGACGAUAUUUGAUUACCAAUGGACAAAGGGAACCCGUGCAGCAAGAGCUUAUAUGACUGCUCCUCGAUUAUCCAAUGAUGCAGAUAACGAUGUUGAAUAUAAUGAACUAAAGCCCUCAGAUGAUAAUAUGAUAUUAGAAGACAUUGCUCUUCAUCCAAGACAUUUGAAGCAAAUAAAGCCACAUCAAUUAGAAGGCUUCAAUUUCUUGGUCAAAAACCUAUUGGCCGAUAAACCCGGCGGUUGCAUUCUAGCUCACGCACCUGGCUCAGGGAAGACCUUCAUGCUCAUUUCCUUUAUCCAGAGCUUUCUUGCAAAAUACCCCUUCGCAAGACCUCUAAUUAUUCUUCCUAAAGGUAUAUUACCUACAUGGAAAAAGGAAUUUCGGCGGUGGCAAGUGGAGGACAUCCCUUUGUAUGAUUUCUACUCGGCUAAUGCGAAUAAUCGAUCGGAGCAGUUGGAGGUGUUAAACCAUUGGCAAGAAAGUAAAAGCAUUUUACUGCUGGGUUAUAAGCAGUUUACGAAUAUUAUAUGCGGGGGUGCAAAUAGCAAAGUUGCAGCUGCAUGCAAAGAGAGGCUUCUUAAGGUCCCCGGCCUUUUGAUCCUUGAUGAAGGGCACACUCCAAGAAAUGAGGACACCCAUGUAUUGGACUCGCUAGCAAAAAUCCAGACCCGUCGAAAAGUUGUUCUUUCAGGAACCUUAUUUCAAAACCACGUGAAAGAAGUUUUUAAUAUACUAAACCUUGUUCGUCCGAAGUUUCUAAAAAUGGAAUUUGCUCGAUCUAUCGUGAAGCGGGUCCUUAGUAGGGUUUCCAUAUCAGGUAAUAGGAGGGUAAACAAAGGCACGGUGGAUGGUAUGUUCUAUGAUUUGGUGGAGGAAACCUUGCAAAAUGAUGAUGGCUUUAAAAGGAAAGCCACGGUGAUACAAGACUUGAGAGAAUUAACGAAAAAUGUUCUUCAUUACUAUAAAGGCGACUUUUUGGACGAGCUCCCUGGGCUGGUUGACUUUACUGUUCUUUUGAAUCUAAGCCCUGCUCAGAAAGAAAUUGUUCGAAAGUUACCGAAAUAUGAAAAAUUCAAAAGAAACGCUGUUGGGACAGCUCUCUACAUUCAUCCUCGCCUCUCUGACAUCUCGGUAGUAGCUGCUGGCGAAAGGGCUUGUACAUUUAACGAUGCAAAGAUCGACAGUUUGAUUGAUUCGAUGAAUUUAAGAGAUGGGGUGAAAACAAAAUUUUUUCUUAACAUUUUGUCUCUUUCUGCUUCUGCUGGAGAGAAGCUCCUUGCUUUUAGUCAAUAUAUUCUACCGCUAAAAUUUUUGGAAAGGGUAGUGGUUAAAACAAAAGGGUGGCUUGUCGGAAGGGAAAUUUUCAUGAUUUCUGGCGAUUCGAGCUCUGAAAGUAGGGAAAGAUCGAUGGACCAGUUCAACAAUUCCCCUGAUGCGAAGGUUCUUUUCGGUUCAAUUAAGGCUUGUGGUGAGGGAAUUUCCCUCGUUGGUGCUUCCAGGGUUUUGAUUCUAGAUGUCCAUUUAAACCCCUCUGUUACUCGUCAAGCUAUAGGGCGGGCUUUCCGACCAGGACAAGGGAAGAAAGUGUAUGUUUAUAGGUUGGUGGCCGCCGACUCGCCAGAAGAGAAUGAUCAUAAGACCUCUUUCAGGAAGGAGCUAAUCGCGAAAAUGUGGUUCGAGUGGAGCGAGUAUUGUAGUAAUCAGGAGUUUGAGUUGGGUGAGGUUGAUAUUAGCAGCUGUCAAGAUAUGUUCCUGGAAAGUUCCGUGUUAGGACAAGAUGUCAAGGCCUUGUACAGAAGGUGAUUUUGUGGCUUAUGAUCGCGAAUCAUUGAGCUAACUGAAGAUACCCAACUCAUUUUAGUUUUGCAGUAUAUAUAUAGAGAGAGACAGAGAAAGCUGAAAAACUGGAGGUUUUUCUACAUCCAUCCAAAACAUACUCAAAAAUGCUCAAGUGAUGUAAGAGAUGUUGAAAAGGUUUUGAAGCAACAAAGUUUUUCGGAUGGGCUGAUUUGUGUAUGAUGGUGAUGUGCGUCUCCUUGAUUUCGGUUAACAUAGUUUUUGGAUGUGGUUGAUUCGUGCGUGAUGGUGAUGAUGAUGGUGAUGGUGAUGUGUGUCUGCUUGAUUUUGGUUUUGAUUUGUGUUGUUUCUCAGAAUCAGACAGAUAGGGACAUUGUUGCUGGGUGUCAUCUAUCACUCACAAAGCCUUACUUUUUUUUUCCAAUCUCCCUGAUGUUAUGGAUAGUCCCUGUACCAUCCUGAUACUGCCAAUUGGCUCCAGAACUUUGUUACUUGAAUCCGAUGAUACUUAUUAUACGUUGAUUUCUUAACUUUCACAUGUAUUACACUUUAAUCUAAUAA